GAGAUAUAGAUUGUUAUGAUACGUAGUACAGGAUUUGUGUCUCCUGAAAAUCAACCGGUUUUCAUCGAUGUGAAUUUUGUUUUGCUAUUAAACAUUACUAUUGCAUUAUCGGUAGUUAAUCUGUUAAUCUCUUGAGAAAUGAUAAAACGAAAGUUACCGAAAAAUUGGCGUGUCCUAAAUUCAAAAACACACCCGGACAGAGUGUAUUAUUUUAACAUGAGAACAAAACAGUCUUCUUGGGAAGAACCAACAGAGGACCAUCCCGAACAAGUCACAGAAAAAUCACCAGAAGAUGUUGGGAAACGUAAAAAUUCACUCCAAGAUGCGGAUGUUUCUAAAUGUCAAUCUAAAUUACCUGAAAGAAAAACUAAUGAACGAAAAAAACUUGUUGCUAAAAGGUCUCUUCGACAGACACAAGAAAAAACCAACGAAGAAAAAGAGACUCCACAGAUGAGAGCUAUUCGUGAAAAGAUGCUUAAGAAGAAAGAAAAAAACAAUAUUUCUAAAAUCCAAAGUCAAAAAUAUUCUAACAUAAGAUCACCUUCAAACUCUAAUAAAACUACUUCAUUAUCAUCAAAUUCUGAGAGUAAUACAGAUGUAAAGACAACUUAUACACCACAAAUGCAAAUGGUUCUUAAGAAAAUGCAGGACAAAAAUUCAAAUAGUACAACUAAUAUAAAAAUGACAGAAACUAGUGAAAACAAUAAUAAUAAUAAUGUUAAGUCUAAACGGUUAAGAAAUAGGAGUGCAUAUACUCAACGGAAUACUAAUUCAGACAUCUCGCCUACUUUAGAGAGUAGCAAUAAAAACAAGGAACAACAGAACCUUGAUACAUCUGACAAGAGUGCAAUAAAAAAAAAGAAAGAUGACAAUAAUUUGGCUGAAGUCAUAUCUAAAAAACGAACUUCUAAGUCUUUUAAGAAAAAUUUGGGAAAGGAACGCAUGGAAGAACUAAGAAGAAGCUUAACUCUAGAAGUUAGCAGGAGUGAUAGUUCUGAAUGCGACAGUUCAUUGCAGAAUCUUGUCUCAGUAAAAAAAUAUGUAAAGAAGUUGCCAAAUAUUCAUAAAAAUGCAGAAGUUAGGCUGACACGGUUGAAAGAUAGAUAUUCAACCAAUAAAAUAAUUAAUAAAAGUUCAUGUAACAAUCAGCCUGAGGAAACAGAAAAAUUACCUAUACAGUCUGUAACAACAAUAGACGACCUAGUGAAACAAGCCAAUGAAGAAUCCUUUUGCGAAGAAAUGGAUUGGGAACCAAUGCCAGAUGAGAAAAUUACCUUUGAAGUCCAGGCUGUCAGAUCACAGCUUUGUACACAAAAUAAUGCGGAUAUAUCGUGCAGCAUAACUAACAACGUUUUAAAUUGUUCACCAUUAUUAAAACAGCAAGGAAAGAGGCAAUUGUACAUUGUUGUUGAUACAAACGUAUUUUUGUCAAAUAUUGAAGCUGUUGAAUCGGCAAAAGAUGUUACUUUUAAAAACUAUGAUCAGCCAGUAAUUGUAAUACCAUGGACCGUUAUACGCGAACUUGAUUACAUUAAAGGCGGUAAUGGCAAAACAAAGUCACCAACGCUGUCCAUGAAAGCAAGAAAUGCUAUAAAUUACAUUCAUAAACUCUUUUCUUCUAAAGAUCCACGUAUAAUCGGUCAAAGACGGGAAGAUGUUGCAAGAAACAAAGAAAAAUUUAUAAUUGAUUGUCCAGACGACGAGAUUCUACAGACAUGUUUACAAAUUCGCGAUUUGGAAAAAUCUGUAGUUUUAUUAUCAUACGAUAUAAAUCUUUGCAAUAAAGCGAUGGUUUACGAUAUUGUGACACUCGGAAGGAACGAUCCUCUCGAAAAAGUCGACUAUUUGAACAUGUCUAAACAUUCAAAUAAUUUGUCUCGCAACGAUAACGAACAGGAUAAAGAAUCGAGUUUAAACCCUGUAUCGAUUUUAAAUCAGGAACUACGUAUAUCUAAUAAAAUAUGCGACGAUGCAAAAAAUAUAAUGAAAGAUUUUUUGACAGUGAUAGUUAGCAAAGAAAUGUAUGAAUUGUAUGGAGACACUUGGCAGAAGUAUGUUAUUAUAAAACCACCUUGGACAGUUAUAACUGUUCUACAAUGUGCACUUAAGCAUUGGAUAGCUGCAGUAAGCGAAUCAUUUUUAAGAAAAGCAGAAGAUAUUCUGAGAGAAUUGCUACAGAUAUUUAAAGAUGUUUCUGGUGAAAGAACAUUAAAGGAUGUUAAGUAUAUCUUGGAUAGAUGCAGUGAUCUGAGCCAGAUGGUUAAUAUAGAUAAAUAUCCCAAUUUGAUGCAACAAGUCUACCAGAAAAUUGAUGAGUUGAAACAAAAGUGUCGCGAUUUGGAAUCUCAGCUACUUGAGGAGAAAUUACACGAUGCGAUUGGAAUUGAAAAUAAUAUCGAAGAACGUGAACGUAGAGCGCAGAAAGCUUUUCAGUAUUUUGAAGCGGCAUACAUUUUUGCUCGUGACAUGUGUGGAUUGUCAGCUGAAGCAGUGGGAAUGCCGUGUGGUUUUCAUUAUAUUAUUCCAAAUCCCCUUCCAACUCCGGAUUACCUAAAGCAAAUACAGCCUGAGUUAGCAGCUAAUGUAAAUAGACUGUUGCACACUCUAAGCGCCGCGAUGGAGCAAGUUCACGAUUCUCGUAUCGAUUAUCGAAUGAUAAACAACUUACAUCAAACUUUGAUAACAUUUCUCCCAGAGACGAAACAGGUGUCAAAGAAGUUUGAUAACGAUGAUUUAACGCCUCUCGACGUAUUCUGUUGCAUGAAACAGAAAGAGGAGGUGCUGAAAACAGGUUUGCGCCAGUUACAAGAACUCAGUACACAUUUCUGUAGACUAACAACCUAUAGAUCUAACUAAG